AUGGCCUUUCUGAAGGACCUCCUCCACCAGUCCCCAGAAGAGGAAAAGAAGAAGCCCAAGACGAAACACCUGGUGCAGAGCCCCAACUACUACGUCAUGGAUGUGAAGUGCCCAGCAUGUUACAAAAUUACCAUCCUCUUCAGCCAUGCACCAACACUAGUUUUGUGUGUUGGCUGCUCCACUGUCCUUUGCCAGCCUCUGGGAGGAAAAGCAAGGCUUAAAGAAGGAUACUCCUUCAGCUGGAAGCAAUACAAAAAUCACCCUGGGGGCACCUGGAUUUUGUGA